AUGAUGCGGCGGAGUGAUCUCUCUAGAGUUUCCUACUCACAAACAAGCUCUCCGCCUAAACAAAGCUAUCUUCCUUUGAACAUCUCUACAUCAGAAGCCAAGUCUUGGUCAAGUAAAGGACUCGGCGAGAUGGCAUCUGCACGGCUUCGCAAGGCUUUCCGCUACCCGGACGAUUCGGGCGAUGACGAUGCCCGCGAGGAACUCGACGAGGAAGAGCAAGAGCGCGUCAUCAAACAUCUGCAGCAGCAAAAUGACAAACGAAACUCCGAAUAUACUCUCAUCUUCUCUGCAAUCCCCCUUCUAUCGACAAUAGUAUUCCUCCCGUCACUGUCAUCCUCAGCUUCUUUGGGAGUCGCGACACGAUUCACUUCGUUGCUCGGCAUCGCAUCGUUAGUGGCCACCGCAUAUACAAUGAAGUAUAUUCCGCCGAUGCACCCAGACCCAAAGGGCAAAAGACCCAUACGGAACCCGGACCUCUCAGCUCAUAUUCGCCAAUACCUCAUUCCUGCAAACUCUGCAGUGUGUGCCCUUCUGGGGUUGGCUUAUUUGUUUUCCUCUGGGACUUCUGCUCCUGUGAUGCAACCAACCGCGUACUUGGUUCCGGCCGCACUGCUGAGUAUCAUCCUGCUUGUGCGCCAAGUCAUGGUUUCUGUCGAUCUUGCGCCGCUUGGUGAGCUUCGAUAUGAGUACAAGGGCGCAUGA